AUGCUUCCACCUCCACCCAAUCAAUUUGCAAAUCAUAAUGAGCUUCUUGCUCAUGUUCGAACCUUUGCCGCAACUCAAGGAUAUGCCGUAACCAUAAAGAGAUCACGAACUGAUAUGAGUGGCCAAAUCAAAAAUAUAACAUUGUGUUGUGACAGAGGUGGUUCUUAUAGAAAUAAAUUAAAUCUAACAGCAAAUUCACGUCACAGACAGACAGCUUCAAGACUUUUGAAUUGUCCAUUUGAGCUAUUUAGAAUUAGACGUGAUGCAUCAGAAGAUAUGUCUGGUCAUCCAAUUAUUUACAGAUUAAGCACUAAGCAACAAAGCAAGUUUGACAGAUGUCUAUUGCUGGUUCACAUCCUUGUCAAAUUUUAUCAACUAUUAGACAAG